AUGGGAAAUUCGGUGCUGGCCAUCGUUAGCUCUGUGUUCUUCCUGCUGUUCCAGUUGAUGAUGCUCCCGAGGGUUCGAGGAGAGUUCAUUGAAUUGUCACAGUACCAUCGAAUGCCAAAGCUUUGGAUGACGGACGAUUACGAGGACUGCCUGGAGCUGCCUGGCCCGGAUGAUCCUGACGGUGUUUACUGUACGGCGGCGGUGGUACUGAAACCCAACAAUCAAUCCGAUCUCUGGAGAUUGAUUGAGGAUUUUUCCAGCGAUUACAAACGUCACUUCAACCAUGCGGUUCUCAAGCGUGGUAUCUGCAUACAGCGCUGUCAGCAAAUCGUACAGCAGCUUUCCCCGUCGGCCCGUGAAGCGCUUACUGUCGAUAAUUUUCCAAUCAACAUUAAGUAUAAAUUCGAUGACGACAUCUUCUACGACUCGGCGGAAAAUCGUGCAAAGUAUGACGAUUUGGUGGAGGUUUGCAUUAACAAGCAGCUCAACGAUACGUACGGUUUGGUGGCUCACGCUGAGGUACAAACCUGCGAUACAUCCACGAGAGAGAUGCAACUCGAUACAUUGGACUACUCGUUCUGGAUCAUUUUUCUGCUGCUGAUCGUGUUAGUGAUAGUAUCCUCGUGGUAUGACAGCUCGAUCAACUACAAGCAAAACGUCAGCCACUUCCAACAGGAUCUAGAUAGUAAACGUAAAAUGUUGUGGACAUCCUUCUCGAUCCAGCGCAACUGGUACCGACUGACGUCACGUUCGCAGGGUGAAACACACAAAAAGCUACGAUUCUUUCAGGCCCUUCGCUUCUUCACGAUGACGCUCGUCAUUUUCGGUCACGCCGUACUGCUGAUAACCGUCAGUCCGAUCACACACCCGGAAAAGUUGGAACAGCUGUAUCACAGUGUCGGCAGCAUGAUACUCACGAACGGUGUGCAGAUCACGCAAACGUUUCUCGCGAUGAGCGGCACUCUGCUCGCAAUUCAGUUCCUAGAGUUUGCCGAAAAGCGAAAGGGCAAGAUCAGCAUACUGUACGUGCCGAUCACGAUCUUCUAUCGGUACAUUAGAUUGACGCCUGUGUACGCGUUCGUGAUACUGUUUCAUGCCACCUGGUUGCUGAAGCUCCAGUACGGUCCAAUCUGGCGCUGGGGAGCGGAAACGGAGCAGGUGUUCUGUCGGCGAAACUGGUGGACUAAUCUGCUCUACAUUAACAACUACUGCGUACAGCAGGGCUGGUACCUGGGGGCCGAGUUCCAGAUCUUCACGAUAGCGCUGGUGGUGCUCGUGGCGAUCGUAAACUUGCCUCGCCUGAAAGUCGCAAUCCUAACCCUGGUCCUCGUGGUAGCAUACACUAUUCCCGCCCUUUUCAUCUACUACCAGCGGCUGGAAGGGACCUUCGUGAUUACGCUGGAGGCUCAACGGUACGUGUUGUGGCACGAUAUGAACUACCUUCGGUCCUACAUUCCGACGCACAUCAACUUUGGCAACUACAUGCUCGGUGUACUGACGGGCGUCAUCUAUGUGGAGCUGUGCCGCCGCUCGAUCAACCUGGCCGAGCGUAAAUGGUUCCGCGUGCUCUGGUAUCUCAACGUUCCGUUCAAUCUCCUCAUGAUGCUGCCCUCGUACAUGUUCUACGUGAACGAGUUUCCCAAACCUUCCGCCUGGAUGGCAAUCUACUUUGUCGUUUCGAAGAACCUCAUCGGCAUCGGGCUCUGUAUUUUGUUUCUGGGGAUGAUCUUUGGCGUCAGCAGGGCGGCUAUGCGGCUGCUGAACUAUCGCUUCUUUGAACCACUGGGUCGGCUCUCUUAUGGUGCGUACCUGUGCCAUCCGCUCAUCAUGCGCUACCUGUACGUGAGUACGCGAGGACCCGUGUACUACAGUGAUCUAACAACGCUUGCCCUGACACUCGGUUCGGUUGUAUUGUCAUGCCUGAUGGCCUUGCUGUUGUGCCUGCUGAUCGAACUUCCAACAUCCGCGAUUCAGAAACAGCUUUUCGGUGGUUUGAUGGGUCACAAAAAGCAUAAUCAAAUAGUCCCGGAAGUGGCACGACCCCCUAAUACUGCUACUGCUGUCCCGAUCGAACCCGGUUUGGAGGAAAAGAAAAUGGAUACGGACACAAGAACGCCAUAA